AUGGCUAUCGCCGAUGAUAAUGCCUUUGAGCUACCCAAGCUUCGUUCCUCGUUCUCGCUAGAAAACGAUACAGAGUUUCUCGAGAAUGACAACGUUGCUGAGUUCUUCGAUGUCAAGUUCUGUCCUUAUCAGCCGCUUGAUGCACAACCUGUCUUUGCCGCUAUCAGCAAAAAGCAUGAGGAGGCUUCCGCAUGCUGUUGUACUUGGACAAAAGAUCCCGUAACAGGCGCCCCCUAUCUAUGCAUUGGUGGAGUCGAUGCCAAAGUCAAGAUCUAUGAUGUUGUGAACGGGAAACUAUACAGGGAUGUCAAUGAUCUAGCAACUUCGCCUGCAGACCCGUCUAUUAUCGCCUCCGCUUCUGGUGACACGAGUAUUCGUGUCUGGAGUCUUGACCCAGUCCACGCAAACCGGCCCUGCUUGGUUAUCCUUGCCGGCGAAGGCCAUUCAUGGGAUCUUCUGAGCUUGGCGGACUUUUCUAAUUCAUCAAAGUGGACGCUCCCAGAUCUCCCCACUCAGGCCAUCACAACCCCUGUCCGUGUCCAUUAUCCUCACUUUUCGACCUCAGCAGUCCACAGUGGUAUCAUUGAUUGGGCAUGCCAUGACAAUGUUAUCUCACUUUGGAGAAUAGAGGGUUUUUCUUCUGCAAAUCCUCCCCCUCCCCAGAGCGUGGCACCGACGGCUCAGACAACCGUUCCAACCAAUUAUGACGAGGCGAGCCGUCUCACACGUUCAGCGUUUGUCCCAACGAUGUCUCCCCAAUGCCCUUCUCAGUAUACCAUGCUACUCCAGUUCCACACCCCCAACUGUGGCCCGCAGUUCUUCAUGCGUUUCAAGCUACAUUUUGUGCCGGACCAGCAUCCAGUUCUAGCAUUUUGCAAUGCUGGUGGGAAUGUUUUCUUCUGGGAUUUUGAACGUUUGCUAGCAUACAGAGAGUUCAUGGAAGUGCUCAAGGACCCCAACAGGGACAGGAGUAAGCCAGUUCCCCAUCCAAGUUGGAUGCGGCUUGUGAAGGGUCGACCCCCCAAGACGGACUCUAAUAAAGGCCGGAGCGGAGGCGCUGACAAGGACAUUCCGAGCGCCUUCCGAGCAGACGCAAUCAGGCUGAGCGAAGAGAUUGGUGACUAUAACGCGGAGACCUUAGAGACGUGGGCGUCGAGGUACAGCCAAGAGGAUCCUCAUGAGCCAUUAAAGGCACAUAAGACCGAGUCUUCAUCUGCCAAUUUUGUGGGUCGACAGGCAGCUUGGAGUCCCGGAGGAGAGUGGUGUGUCGUGGUGGGAAGCUCGAAUCAGGCAUUGAUCCUUCAGCGCUGGGCUAACAAAGGGUCAGCAUCAAGAGCAUCUGCCUCCGCGUCCGCCUCUGUGUCUGUAUCUGCCCCUCCGUCCGCUCCCCCAUUUGCCCUUAUUCAAAACGGCACGAGUUAG